AUGGAUCCAAUUGUGGAAGUAGUGGCUUUGGUGCUGGGGUUCAUUGGUUGGGUGAUGGUGGGGGUUGCCCUGCCGAACCGUUACUGGAGGACCUCCACCGUCGACGGGAGUGUCAUCACCACCUCCACCAUCUAUGAAAACUUGUGGAUGUCGUGUGCAUCGGAUUCAACAGGGGUACAUAACUGCAGGGAGUUCCCGUCACUGCUUGCUUUGAGUGGAUACGUCCAAGCGUCUCGUGCCUUGAUGAUCACAUCAAUAGUGUUGGGCACCUUUGGUCUGAUGGCGGCCCUGAUAGGACUACAGUGUUCGAAGGCUGGAGGGGAAAACUAUGUGCUCAAAGGGAGGAUUGCUGGCACGGCAGGGGUCCUUUUCAUACUUCAAGGUAUGUGCACAAUGGUCGCAGUGUCCUGGUACGCCUUCAACAUCACUCAGGAAUUCUUUGAUCCUUUCUAUCCUGGUAUAAGGUAUGAAAUAGGAGAAGGACUUUAUAUCGGCUGGUGCUCCGCUGUGCUCGCCAUCAUCGGAGGAGCCUGUCUCACAUGCUCUUGCAAAAUGGGCACAGAGGAAAAAUACCCUUUGCCUUAUCAAACCAGGGGAACUGUAUAUUCUGGAGCUGCACCGACCAGGAGCGUAGCUAAUAGUACUUAUGGCCGAAAUGCUUACGUUUGA